CAUUUCUCCUGGAAGACUCACGGCAAACUUCGCCGGCUCUCAGCACUUUAAUACACCGACAUGGAUGCCUUCAAGUCAGCUGGGAGAGCUAUUAUCCGGAGCCCAAGUAUGGCAAAACAGUCGUGGACAGCCGGCAGGCACAAAAAGCUUCCAGAGAACUGGACAGAUACACGGGAGACCAUCUUAGAGGGGAUGACCUUUAACCUUCGUCACCUCGGCAUGACACUGGUGGACCAGCCUAAAGGAGAGGAGCUGUCAGCAGCUGCUGUUAAGAGGAUUGUUGCCACGGCUAAAGCCAGUGGGAAGAAGUCUCAGAAGGUUGCUCUCAAGGUGUCUCCUCAAGGAAUCCUCCUGUUGGACAGAUCUACCAAUAAAAUCCUGGAAAACGUCUCCAUAUACAGAAUAUCUUACUGCACAGUGGACAAACUGCAUGAUAAAGUGUUUGCUUAUAUCGCUCAAAACACCCUCAAUGGGACUCUGGAGUGCCACGCCUACCUCUGCUGCAAGAGAAAAGUGGCCCAGGCGGUGGCUCUGACCGUAGCCCAGGCCUUCACAGUAGCAUUUGAGCUCUGGCAAGAGGCCAAAGAAGAGAAAGGGAAAAGAGUGAAGUCUGGUUCUGCUGGAGAUGCCAGCAGCAGUUCACACUCAGAGAGAUCCAACAGCUUUGGGAGUCUGAAAGGAACAGAUGCUGCCACUGAAAACCUUCUGGAUCUAGAGGAUGUUGUGAAUGUGGUGGUGGAGAGAAACGGGAAUGUAGGCGAGGAUCUGUUGGAUAACCACAGAACCACUGAGACCAAUAACAAUCCUGCCCUGGAAACAGAAGAUAUUUUGGAUGAAGCCUUUUCCAGACUGGCAGUGUCGCGUAGUAACCCCCAGGUCCUGGACACUGGGCUGAUGCCCCAAGACUGGCUCACUGAACCCAACUGGGACAGCACCAACAGAAACACUCCCAACUAUUUCAGCUCGUACGAGGACGACUUCUUGAGCUUCUGACCACCUCUGCAAAGCGGGGUAGAGGGACAGCAUCAAAGAGGAGGGAGGGGGACCUGUCUUCCUAAGAAUGAACAUGAGAUCAGUGGCAGCAAUAAAACUACAAGUGAAUGAACGAGCAUUUUUAUUUUUAUUGUCCAUGCGUGUGCAUCUGCCCACCAAAGCAACAUAACAUCCUGUAAUGUUCACCUCCGCUGUUGCUACUCUGCAGACAUUAGUUCAAACAUUCUGUCAGCAUGUCGUCUUCUUUUGACCACUUAAAUCUGACAGCUUAAUCUGAAAAAGGCAUGUUCAAUGUAUUUAGUUGUAAUUUAUAGUUACAAAAAUUUUUUACAGAUGAAGUAAUAGUUGAGACUGAGGGGCAACCUAUCAACAGGCCUUAAUAACAGAAGGACAAUCAACUUUUUCUACUGCUUGUCUUCAUGCUUGAUGUUGUGCAAAAAGUUGAUAUUGAGCUAUGUGAUGGCAUAGAUCUUCAUAUGUUAUCCAAGAAUAAUUUUAGGCUUUUAAUUGGAGAAUUCCCAUCAAUUCAGUCCUCAGAUAUAAACUUUCUAGUACUUCAGAGGAACUUCUGCACAGCAAAGCAAAUGAAAGUAUGAGACGUUUAUAACUAAGUCUAAAGGAUUGAAAGGAGACACCUCAUGACAAAUCCUACUUCUCUAAAUAAACAUUUAGGUGUUUUUAUAGCAUCAUUGCUACAAACUUGGUGUGAAAAUGAUGCAACAGGCUGUUUCACUCUGUCAUGGUCCAGAUUUUUUCCCAGGAGCACAGUACAUCUACAAGAGCUGUAGCUAUUAUCUUGGUUUCGUAAGAAAGCUGAGACAUGUGAGAUUACUACAGAAGUGUCAGAAUCAACACAUGUAAUGUCAGAGUAAAUUCACCUGGAUCACAGUAGAAAAAGUAAUUAGUUAUCUCCUAAAAGAAGAUCACUUAGCUUUCAGUGAAUACCAGAAGACAGCAGCCAAAUUCAUCUAGCAGUCAAGAAGAGGUUCAUUUACCAACAAAAUAGCAGAAGCUAACAGAGAAGGACCCUAACCACCUGAAAUAAACCGCCUGACUCAGCUCAUUUCCAUUCAAACUGAAGGUUCAUAAGUCACUUUUCUUGGCAUGUUUUCGUAAAAUCCUUGGCUCGCUCCUUUUUUUCAUGUGGAACCCUGAAGUAACUUUCAUCAGUUUCAUGAUUCAAACAAAUAGAAAAGCUUAAAACAAAACAAACAUAAGUCAUUUUCCAAUGAUCAAGAACACACAAUCUGGUCUAGAAUGAGCCACCUCUUGUUCCAAAGAAAUGACCAAGCAGAUGUGACUUCAUGUGAAUACAAGCGAUACCAUAUCAGCUCUACAGUUAAAAGAUUGCUUCAGUGGAUUUAAAUGUGGCCCUCCUCUGCCUCGGAUGCAAACUGAAAAUAGUUUUAUGUGUAUAAUCUGAAAAUCAGUGUACUUACUGUAUUUAUAUGAAAUCAGUCCUUGGCUUACUUAAGCCAUGGUGUUCCAGGCAUUUAUUUUUUCACCUCUACAGUGAAGACUUGUCUUGAGUGAAACUCAGAUAUGUGUAAAAUCCACUGUGGCCAUAUCGAUGUACUCUGUAAUCUACCAGCUUUGUAUAGAAAUUGAAAUAUAUUCAUGAAUGCAAAACAAGUCCUUUGUGAUUCUUGUGUACUGUAUUAUGUUUGUGAUGCUGAGUUCACAUGACAGAAUGUAGACGAGGUGGAGUGUCUCGAAAAAGUGUGUACACCCUUGGUUUGUUUUUCUUAUUGUGUUGUUUUUUGGCUUUUUUUUCUUUGGGUUUUCCACCCCAUUGAGUUGAUCUUUACUUUAAAUAAAUGUGCUUUUUAAUGUUAUAUGAUAGGUCCACACACAAAAAAAGAGCUCUGAACUGGUCAGAAACAGAGUUCUGGAGAAAUACAGGGCUUGGUUAUAAAAGAGCGAAACUCCACAUGAUCCUGUAGACCAGAUAAGAUGCAUUGGAGUUUGUGACCCCCUCCCCCACGUGAUUACAUAAUUAUGAUUAAUUGUGUCAUGUAUCAAACAGGUCAUCCUGUAGGCAUCCUCUAAAUGUA